AUGAGACACGCAAAAGCAGCCGUUCUUUUUACUGCCAUCGUUAGUACAACUGCUUUGUACACCAACGGCGCAGAUGCAAGCAGCACAACUCAAUACUGUUGUAAUGCUUUGGCAUUAGCUGGUCUCGCUGAUAGACUUACUUACCCCGGACAAGAUGUGUAUACGGCUCGAGUAGAAUCAUACUGGUCAUUGGCAGCACAAUUGGACCCUUAUUGCAUCAUUCAACCACAGAAUGCGACGGAAGUCUCACGAGCUGUAGUCGCACUUGUGCAGGCGAACAAGACGCAGCCAUGUCAAUUUGCUGUCCGAAGUGGUGGCCAUACAACUUGGGCAGGUGCCGCCAACAUUGUGGAUGGAGUUACCAUUGAUUUGGGCUUAAUGAACUCGACCACUUAUCAUGCCGAGAAUAAUACUGCAGCAGUACUUCCUGGAGCUCGUUGGCUGUCAGUUUACGAGACGAUGGACAAGUACGGUAUUGCUGUUGCUGGAGGUCGUGCAGCAACUGUCGGAGUUGCAGGUCUUGUACUUGGUGGCGGAAACUCAUUCUAUGCAGGUCGUAAGGGCAUGGUUUGUGACGGUGUUGAAAACUUUGAGAUCGUUCUUGCAAAUGGAACAAUCAUCAACGCCAAUAACGCAACAAACCCAGAUCUUCACAAAACCCUGAAAGGUGGUUCAGGAAACUUCGGAAUUGUCACUCGACUAGACUUGGAAACUUUCGUUGGUGGUGACAAUGCGCCCAACAAUAUUUGGGGCGGUGUUGUGACAUAUCCAGACAGUACUACAGCUCAACAAAUCCAAGCCAUGGUAAACUUUGGUAACAAUAUCAACAAUGAUCCAGACAGCUCUGCAAUUGGAAUCUGGAAAUACUCGACUUCAACGAACCAAACUAUAGUAAUUAACGCGUAUGAGUACACAAGCCCCGUCGUAGCCCCCUCGGCGUUCACAGAAUUCCUUGCUAUUCCUGGUAACACUUCUGAUUCCAUGAGAAUCACCAACAUGACCGAUCUUACAAUUGAGCUCGAGCAAGCAGGUGGCUACAGGGAUUCGUUCAUCACACUUACUUUCAAGAACGACUUGAGAGUUCUCACCAAGGCGAUCGAGCUCCACGAGGCAUUGAUUCCCGCGAUCAACAAAGGUUCAACUGGUGACUGGACCAUGCAAAAUAUGUUCCAGCCUGUACCCACUGCGUUUGGCCAAAUUGGCGCACAACGGGGCGGUGACAUGCUUGGGUUCGAUCGAUUCAACGAAACACUCGUUUUAUUCCAAUGCUACUUAGCAUGGAACGGCGCAGAGCAAGAUGAUUUCUUCCAAAGCCAAGGCGACUCGCUCAUUAGUCAACUCAGCGACUACGCUAUCAGCCUCGGCCAAUCCAAUCCAUUCAUCUAUCUGGACUAUGCAUACAAGACGCAGAAACCACUAGAAGGGUACGGAGCCGCCAAUAUCGAAAAGAUUCGUGCUGCAGCAGCCAAAUACGAUCCCGAAGGUGUCUUCCAGACAAUGGUACCCGGUGGUUUCAAGAUUUCGAAGGUGUCAUCGAUGAAUGAACAGCAGACGGAGGAACAUGACGAGCUAUGA